AUGUGUGGAUUGAUGAACAUUUUAUUAGUUGUUAGUCUGGCCAUCACCAGCUUCAGGCAGAUGGCCAUCACCAGCUUCAGGCAGAUGGCCAUCACCAGCUUCAGGCAGAUGGUCAGCUUUAGGCAGAUGGCCAUCACCAGCUUCAGGCAGAUGGCCAUCCUCAGCUUCAGGCAGAUGGCCAUCAUUAGCUUCAGGCAGAUGGCCAUCCUCAGCUUCAGGCAGAUGACCAUCACCAGCUUCAGGCAGAUGGCCAUCCUCAGCUUCAGACAGAUGGCCAUCACCAGCUUCAGGCAGAUGGCCAUCACCAGCUUCAGACAGAUGGCCAUCUUCAGCUUCAGGCAGAUGGCCAUCCUC